GUCAAAAUACCGACACCCUGUAACGGUGAAUAAUUUCAGGAAAGGGAGUAAGAUAAAAGUUACAAAAAUGUAUCUAAAUCAAUUGCGAAAUGUUCAACCGUACGUCAGAUUAGGAUUGGCUAAUAUCCAAAAAAGAUGUUAUGAAAAGGCAAUAUUGCAGACUCAAAAGCUUCAAAGUCAAGAACUGAAUACCAAUAAGGCAUGCUCAGCUUCUGUUGGUAUAUCCGACAAAGAUCCUCUAAUGAACGAAAUAUUCCCAGCAACUAGGGUGAUGCCUAUGGUGCUUACGAAUAAGGAACCCAUUGUGCUUUCAUUCGAUGACGUACCUGGACCCAGAGCUUUGAAAUACAUAUCAAAUUUUCGUCACUACCUUUCAGAAAUUGGUACCCAACUCACAGUUGGCGUGCUCACUAUAGCACUUAACAUGAGCACAUAUUUAAACACAAAGAAACCGCUGAAGAACCUUUCCGCCCUUUUCGACGAGUACGGGCCUGUAGUCCGGUUUGUUAGUCCCGUGGGAGGGGAUAUAGUCUUGAUAAAUCACCCCGAGCAUAUCCAGAAAGUUUAUACUAUGGAAGGAGAGUAUCCUAUAAGGUCAACCUUGGACUCUCUGGAGAAAUAUAGAUCGGAGCACAGGAGCCUCGUUUACGGUGGACUGUAUUCCGUUCAAGGAGAAGAAUGGAAUCGUCAAAGGGCAGUUGUGCUCGCACCACUAAAUAACUCUAUCUCACACCACAUCAGUGGAAUCAACGACGUGUGCGAAAAUUUCACGACCAAGAUAUACAAUAUUCGAAACUAUCAAGACGAGAUUUCAAAGGAUCUGUAUAAGGAGCUCCACAAGUGGGCCUUCGAUUGUAUGGGAUUAGUGCUUUUCUCGAAGAGGUUCACGAUGCUAGACACAGAGCUGGUGUACAGUCAGUGCGAUAUGUCGUGGCUCUACCACAGCUUGGAGAAGGCGACUGACGCCAUCAUCAAAUGCGAGUCCGGCCUCCACUUUUGGAAGCUGUUCCCGACCCCCGCAUGGAACUCUCUCGUCAAAUACUGCGACAGCUUAGACAACCUAAUUGGAAAACAUGUUAUAGAAGCGGAACAAGCUCUCUCUUUUCAAGCAUCAAAAGAUGCAAAUACUGAUUUCACCUUUCCUACAGAUAAGAACUGUGUGAUCAAUGCUAUGCUGAUGGGCGAAGACAAAAUGAAUGCUGAAGAUAUUUCUACUAUUAUAAUGGACAUGCUUCUUAUUGGAGUAAACACUAUUACUUCUUCUAUGUCAUUCCUUUUGUAUUACAUAGCUAAGUAUCAAAGAGCGCAAAGGAUACUAUACGAUGAAAUAGACAAAGUUGGCGCCAAUUUGAGCAUUAACGACUUGUCGAAGAUUACGGAACUAACGCCUUAUCUUCAAGCCUGCAUAAAGGAGUCCUUACGAUUAGUUCCUCCCAUUCCAGUGCUGACUCGGAUUCUGCCGAAAAAUAUAACUAUAGACAGAUAUAAUAUCCCUCGUGGCACUCUCAUAAUAAUGUCUACUCAAGAUGCUUCGCUGAAAGAAGGCAACUAUGAUGAUGCAUCCGUAUUCUACCCGGAGAGAUGGUUGAAGGGAGAUGCAAAAGAAUACCAUGCAUUUGCCUCCAUUCCAUUCGGUUUUGGAGCCCGGAAGUGUUUGGGUCAAAACAUUGCAGAAACCAUGAUGUCACUGCUUACCCUCAGAAUUAUCCAAAAAUAUAAACUUGAAUAUCAUUAUGGAGAUGUUGGAUCAACAAGAAGUUUUAUAUCCAGACCCAAUAAGGCCCUGAAAGUGAGAUUUGUGGACAGAUUGUAAACCUUUUCACUAAAACAAUGAUGACCCAAAUUUUGCCAUCUCCUUAGUGGCUUAUUCCAUAAUAACAAUAUCCAGUUGCCAGUGGUAAUAUUUCAGUUAAAAUACCUUGUAAACUUAAAUAGUUUAUUAGCGUCUACUAAUUUACAUUGUAGGUGUUCUUAAACAAAUUUAUAUAAUAAAAAGUUUAAAAAUU